GUUGUGCAGCGUCUACCUUCUGCAGGACAUCACAGCAGUUAUGCAGCGCUUGCAUGGACUGUUACUAGUCAUGCUAACUAGUGUAGUUGGCAUUCAAGCCGUCCAUGAUCGAUACUCAGCGUUGCUAGGCAGUGUGGUUUCAUCAAGUGCCGGACAGGCGAACGUCUAUAUUAACAAAUUGGAUUUAAAAGCCGUUCUGGCAUUACAACUAGCACCAGGAAUAGCUGGCAAGUCAGUUAACAUACCAAUCGGUGGAGCAACUCGGAGUUUCUCCUUGAGUGGGUAUCAGGGUGUGAUCGACAUUGGCAAUCAAGUUGCCAGUCUGCAAGGCGUGCCUGUCAGCGUCGUCCUCGACGAUGCAUUCAACACAACACUUCAAGGCACAUUUGGCACACGUACGGCGGGUGACUCUAUUUCAGGUCCGUAUUAUGCGAGACUUGUUGGAAAGGGUGUCAGUGGUAUUGGAUUCAUCUCCGCAUACAUUUCUGAGACAAAUCAAAAUUAUUGGUUGUCGUACGCCGUGGACAGCCGAGCAGUCUUAACACAGGGUCAUGAUCUUACCAUCAGGGCUCUACGAGAUAGAUCAGGAAUGGACGUUGCAGCCUCACAGUCGCUAUCUAGUCGACCUAGUGGGUCCAGCAAGACUUACACUGGAUCGGUGCAAGUUAAUUUGUAUACACUUGUUGCUAUUGGUCAAGGGACAGCAAGAAUAGAACUUACAUCUGGAGCCUCAGUCUAUUCUGGAUUCAUGAAUGGUCCAGAAUAUUGGACAGUCUUCAGCUCAGGACAGGUCGUUGGGUCUAGUCCUCCUACAGGAGCUGUAGGUGUUGGACGAUUUAGACUCAGUGAGGUCACAAAAGGCACAUUAGUACUACAGUAUGAUGUAACAACUGGAGGUGGUUUUCCCACUGGGGUUGCUAAGACUCUUGCAUUUUAUGGUCCUGCAAAUCAAUCGCAAACUGCUUUGUUAUUGCCUCCUUCGAUAUCGGCAGGAACCGGUCUGACAUCAACUGGUGUAUGGACACCAUUGUCACAAAAUUCUAUUGCAGCGCUAUCUGUUGGCAAGGUAUACUCGACGGUUGCGACUGGUCUUGUAACACGUUUGCGUAGUCAAAUAUCACCCAUUUGUUUAACUCUGAAAGGAUACUCUCAUGUUGGAUAUGCGUAUGAUUCUAAUGAUCCGAGUGCUGGAACAGCUGUCGUGUUUAUUCGUGCUGAUGAUGCUCAGCAGAAAUCAUACACAGUUAAUCUCAAUGGAAUCGAUUACCAGCAAGUGACAUCUAUUGAGUUUACUACUCGAGUUGGUUCAAAUUCUUCUUUGAUAUAUUCAUCAUCUACGCUCAUCGGAACGUUCAACAAUCCAGCAUUUCUCUUUACAACAGUAGAGGAUAUGGUGACAGUUAAGACAACAACAAUGCCUCAAGGAAUAUCAGGCCGCAUCUACAGAUCUUAUGAAGUUCCGGUCCCGACUGCUCAACCUGCUACAAGUCGUCCUGUGGUAGCAACAAAAGCUCCUACAACUCCUUCACCAGCCAUUUCUAAAGGCUACUGUGGACUGCUGUCUGGACUGCGGCUUCCGACACCUGUAAUGAAAGGAUUAGCAGGAGCUGUCAGGAUGGAGCUAAAGACGAUUUCUUCUGGUAACCUUGGACAAGAGACUAAUCUCUACUUUGAAGGCCAAAUCACAUGGAAAUGUGGCACGAAGCUUGUAUUUUCUCUGUAUGAUAACGAUACACAAAUUGCAACUGUAUCACCAAAGACAGUCACAGCUAGGAACGGCUUAUUUGUUGGUGUCUAUCGUGGUCUCAGUUUGGAUGUCCAGACAAAGCUCAGCUCUGGCACUAUUAAUCUGCGUGUGUCAACAGAUAAAGGUUCUGCUAUUCUACAAGGCGUUCUAUCACCAUUUCCUGAUGUGAACGCGUGCAGUCAAAUUUUUGGUGCACUCGUUAGUGGGACUCAAGCAAACACAACAAACACCGGAGAUAUGUGUUUCUUUGGAGCUUCAGUUGAUUUAAGUCGAUCGAGUGUCAGCUACACUCUUUUCUGUGUUGGCGUACUAGAUCGGACAGAUGUCGAUAUUCAGACUCAAGAUGGAAGAGUUGUCUAUGUAGCAGACACAGCACGUUGGAAUUCGGGAGCACCACUGGUAGGAACUUGGAAUGCAGUAUCUCAGGAUCUAUUACGCAUGCUGGCUACAGGCGGACUUGCAGUAACAGUGGGAACACCUGCCUACUUGCGUGGCACUAUUACACCUAAUGCAAGAAGUUUUUCUGGUAUUGCGGCUGGCGUAAAUCAAGUUCCGACAGCAGUUCAAGACACAACAGCUGGUGGCUUUAUCUUGGGUACACUGUUUGGAAAUGUGUUGAAUUACGAAAUUUAUGUGUCUGGAGUUGAAAACAGCAUUGUUGCUGCCCACCUACACGGUCCAGCUGAUGUCAAUAGUAAUGCAGGUGUCGCAGUGGAUGUUGGAUCUGCUCUACUUUCUAAUCAGGGUCGGGGCAGUACUGUCUUAUCAACUUCUGCGAUUGUAAAUUUGUUCAAGGGACUUUAUUAUUUGAACGUUCACACGGACAAGAAUGGAGAUGGAGAACUACGAGGUCAUAUUUAUGAAGACUCCAUUUCUGUUACUGCUACUGACUCUGACCCAGUCAUCCUUAUUUCUGCUCUCAGCAAUGGACGCUUGACAUCUCCUGGUACAAAGGGUGUGGCUGGAAUAGCACGUCUGCGAUUACACUCUGAUAACUCAGUGGAAUAUAUUGUACAGUUCUCAGAUGUGCGUCCUUAUGGGAGCUCAGUGUCUAGUCUUGCAAUGUAUAUCCACCGUGAUGAUGACUCAUUGGUAAAGGCAACUGAUCUUGAUCAAACUCAAGUGUCAAACAGUGAGGCUCGUGGACGGCUAUUCUUACGUUCUGAUGAAGUGGAUUUACUUCUUCGAAACAGAGUCUUCAUACGAAUCAACACAGGUGACACUCCUGCACUUCAGGGUCAAGUAUUGUAUCGUUGGAUGCAAAUUGGCAUUGAUCUUGUGGGUGCUAAUGUAAAGCCUCCAGUUUUAGCUACAUCAGCUGGUUUUGGAUAUGCUGAGCUGAAUUUAUUCGGUAACCUUGAUCUUGCUUUUGCAUUUACAAACUUUCAGUCAACUGUCACUCACAUUGGACUUUAUGACAAAACAAUGAAACUUCGUCUUGAUAUGACCAACAAGCUGGAAGAUAAUAGGUUGUCUAUAACUUGGCCAAAUGUUCGUGGAUCAGACCUCUUUAAUCUGGUUGCAUCUGAUAUGUAUGUUGUGGUGAAGACACAAGAUAAUCCAAAUGGCGAACUUCUCGGUUGGUUUCAAUGUGACAGAAUGCCAUUCGAGAAAGACUACCACUUUACAACUGUGUUGUCUAAUGGCCGAGGUGGUGGUGGCUACUUUAGUUUCCUGUUGAAUCAGGACAACACGAUAGACUAUCUCUUUUAUUUAAAUUCUUUCCCGGAUGCCUCUACAGUUGACGUCGUUUAUUUUGGCGUAGAGACAACUCAAGUGCCAAAGACUGUCAAUGUUCCCAAUCCAUCUGCAGGAGUGAAUUCAACAGUCUCGCCGACAAUUACCACAAAUACUGUUGUUUCUGUGAAACGUUCUGCAUGGCUGUCUUUAUCUGCUUCACCGAUUCAAAUUCAGUGGCUGUCGUCUACAAUUGGAGUAGCUCAAGCAACUAUUGCUGCUCCAGAUACUGUUGCUUUGUCUGCUUUUAUUCAAAAUGAAGUACAAGUGCAAGUGAAGAACAAUGUUGGAUCUGUAGUGGCAUCAAGUCACACUGUUGGUAAUGUGAUCACACUGUCCUGCAGCUUACGUUCACCAGGCAUUAGUCAGUCAGAUGGAGCUAGUGGAAGGGUGAUCAUUAUGAACAGGAAUAAUGCUUGGACGUAUAGCAUAUCGGUGCAGGGUUUGGACGGUGAUGUAAAUGGAUAUAUUUACUUAGAUAAUAGUGCAAUAUUGUCUGUCCCACUUAUUGAUAACUAUGCAACUGGUAGUCUGAGCAUGACAACAGAUCAGGCAACACAGCUUAUUAAUGGAAUGGGCACUGCUGAAGUUCAAGGGACAACAACACUUACUUGUAGUCUAGACAAAUCGUCUCAAACAUCUUACUCUCAUUUGUCUGCCUUGUUAAGCGGUGGAGGUGCUCAAAUUAUUGGUGCAAAUCCAAUAACUGGAGGUGUUGGUAGUGCAAGUGUCUAUGUCAGUGACGAUGGCAUUGCGCAAGUUGUUGUGUCUGCUGAGGGUCUGACAAGUAGCAUCUCAGGGAUUAGUCUUGCCUACUACAACAAGACAUGGAUUUCACUUCUUAAUCCUGGUCUUGUCUCCUCUCAAAUUGGUGCAAAAUCGAUUGCAUAUGUAUCAUGGAAGCCAUCAGAGUCAGUAGCUAGCCUUCUUCUAACACAGAAUGUUUACGUAGUUGUCAGCACAACGGCAUUUCCAACUGGUGAACUGGUCGGAGCAAUCAGAGUGAACGCACGAAAGUUUACUUCUAUUCUGGCCAGUUUUAAUGCUUCAAGUCCAUCAGCAGAUGGUGGAGUCGCUGCAAUUGGACAACUGGAUGGCUACGGUCUAUUUCAUGUGACUGGGUACUUUUCAACUGUUAGAUAUGAGCCUAGGAGAAUAACUCUGUCUGCACAAGUUCCUGGCACAACUUGGAGCACAGAAUUAGCAGAUAUAACGUCAGGACUUGGCGAUACGACUCUGCUCAUUUCUCAGAUACCACUUACAUUACGGCUUCUGUAUUAUUUGAGCCAGGGAUGGUUGAGAAUAAAUGUCUACACAGAUUUACCAUACAUCACUGUCAAUCCUGAUAUUAUGGGUAGUUUUGUUGAGCUGGUUGUGAUGCCAACUAACGUUCGUCGAAAACUGGACUUUGGGGCUGUUUUGACUGGAGCAGCGCAAGCGGAUUAUCAGGCUACAUUUCCAAAUUUAGGAUCACCGGCAUCUGCUACCUGUUUGUUGCAAUUAGAUAGCAAUAAGGCACUGAGAUUUAUUCUGUUUGCUGCCGGCACUCAACCACUUCUAAAUGUAACUGUUGAAGAUGGUAUUGGAAAUGUAGUGGCUGUAGCUGACCGAGUACAGACGGGGGAAGGGAGAGCUGUUGGAAGUGCAAUGUUAGGGGACAGUCAGAUUGUAGAUCUAAGGAAUGGACGUUUCUAUGUAAGAGCAAUCACUCGUGGUUACCCACUGGGAGAAGUUGCAGGAUAUGUUGGAUUCCUUAGAAAAGUUUACUAUGGUUCUGGUGUACCACUGGCCAAGAACGGCUUUGGUGCUUACCAUAAGACAGUUCUUGAUACAAGGGGUCAUCUUUUAUUCGACGUGCAGUUUAGUGGUUUGACAGGACCUCUUGCUUGGGUUGCUCUCCAGCAAGAGAAUCGCAAUGUCUCAUUUAUUACUGAUUCUUUCCAGAGCAAUCGGGGUUAUGGAGCCAUUGUUGACUUGACUGCUGAUGAACUGAUGAUUUUCGAUGAAGAACACAAGUCUAGUUAUGUUGCAAAAGUGGUUGGAACGCCUGGUCCUGACAUCUGGCUAGAUGUUGUAGAAGCAGAAGAUCGUGAUGUGUAUCUUGCUCACUACAGUGCUGUAAUCAGUGGAAGUCAGGUUGCUCUUGCUGAUAUGUCUUUACAUGCUGUUGCUACUGAUGCAUCUGGGAUCAUGAUUGUAUUUUUUGAUGAAAAUGACAACUUGGACUAUCGAGCCUUUAUUCUCAGUGAUGAUGAUUUAACAAGUGUUGGAUUUUAUGGACCGGCAGGAGCAGGCUACAAAGGUCCACUUCUUUACGACAUUCCUUUGGGAAGGUCACCAUUGAUUCACGGCAAGUGGUACAAUCCAAGUCAGGAAGUAAGGAGAGCUCUAGCUGCAGGUCAAAUUUAUAUUUUGGCUAAAACAAGCAGCUUUCCAAAUGGAUUUCUGAGAGGCCAGCUGCUGCUUGAACCUCAUGGAUUGUUUACUGUGCUAAGUAGCAAUGAUGAGCUCCACUCUGUUACUCCAUUUGGAUCAGCUGGAUAUGGCGAGUUCUUUCUUACUACUUAUGCCUUUCUCCACUAUAGAAUUGUGGUGGAAGGAAUCAAUCAAGUGGUUCCGGCUCAUAUUCAUGGAACUGCAGAUUUCUUUUCAACUGCCCAUCAUGUCCACACCAUUGAGUUUGAGCAGCAGACAGAUGGCUCGCUAUUGGCAGCUGGCCGAUGGGGACCACUAGGUGCUGAUGAAGUUCAAGGACUGCUGAGUGGUCGCUACUAUGUCAACGUUCACACUCCGAUCAAUACAGCUGGAGAGUUGCGUGGUAACGUUAUUCCUCUGCUUGAAGAGCAAUACUUGGGAAUCAGGCAAUUUGAGGCUCUUCUCACUGGUGCAAGUACCAAAGUUGUAACUGCUGCUGCAGGCCACGCCUCAUUUAGGCUGUUUGAUAAUAAUGACUUUUAUUAUGAUGUUUAUGUCACUGGAACUGAUGUUGCUGGCUUGUACAUUAAAGGACCUGGAUCACAAAGUUUUGAUCUGUCUUACAGCCUCAAUGGCCCAAGGGCUGUUGGUAUACUAUCUUUCAGUAAUGCCAAUGACAGAUUUUCCCUGAUUAAUGGAGACUUGUACAUGCUGGUUACAAGCACAGCUAACCCAAAUGGUGAGCUAAGAGGCCUAAUCCAGUUCUACCCUCAAACUUCUAUGGCAAUUCUGAACAGAGCUGACGUUGGCCGCACAGCACAAUUUAGCACACCUGUAGCUUCAAGUGGUUUGAGUAUUUUUGUGUUUGAAAAAGAUGCAAAGUUUGACUAUCGAGUCAACUCUACUGGAUCACUCUCUACAUACGCAUCAACUGUCAAGCAACCAAAUUGGGGUGAUAGAACAUUAACGAGCCCAAAUCCUCGUUAUGGACGAUCUCAGCUAGUCAGCACAAUUGAAUCGAGAAAUCUUGCAAAUGGUCGUGCAAGAUUGGAAGUCGCAGCGUAUGUCCCAACAAUCAACACUGUUCUAAGUGGAAAUUUUAAACAUCUUCUUAUUCCUGAGCCAAUUCAGUCACUACUUUAUGGUCGGCCAUUUGUUGACGGGGCUCUUGUUGUCAUUUUGGAUCCUGCUUCAGUCUCGCCUCCUUCCCUUGGCUCGUAUCUGUCAGCUGGUGGCGUAGUGUACCUGUCGUUUAAUGAACUAUUAAAUUCAUUGCAUUACGCUGUACUGAUGGAUGGCAUUACUGGUCCUCUUACCAAAGCUGUGUUCCACGAUCGAACUACAGGUACAACUUUACAAAAUAUUCUUCCAGCAAUCGGUAGUGACAGCUACAACGGAUACAAAGUGGGCACUGGAAGCAUCAUCAUUGAUACAACUCUGAGGUCACAAUUUUCCAACGAUGGUGUUUGCCUGCAAAUCGAGAGUGCAACAUCAUUGCCUAGUCAGACAUCGGUAAUCAGAGGUUGCAUUAACAAUGAGUUUGUAUUUCCACCAUGCUAUGACUCAGGUCGAAUUGCAUGGAUUGCAGAGAACAGGGCCAAUGCGUUGGUAACUUUGGUGAAUGACAGCUUUUUGUUUCCGUAUCCCAAUCAACUGAACUACACAUUGUUACAAGGCAAAUGGAGCUGGUGGACAAAUGAUAGUUUAUUUCAGGAUGUGCCUGUUGGAAUGGGUCGUUUGAUGACUGCUGCUCCACUCGACUAUGAGAUGCAGCAUCAACACAACCUGACAAUAGGAAUGAUCAGAAACGACAAGCAGUACUGCACCAUGACUUUGCUUGUCGAUGUUGUGGAUGUGAACGACAAUGCUCCAUACUUCAUUCCCGAUGGACCAACAAUAAACAAAACAACUUCAGAAAAUAGCAGCACGGCAAUUCCUGUCGCGGAUAUCUACGUCAAUGAUUUCGACAGUCCAACUAACGGCAACCCAACCGUUACUAUUCAAGGUCAAUGGAACGCGAACGGCGAACAGGUGUUCAAUUUCUACAUUUCGAAUGACAUACGCGACAGUCCCGGACAAAACUCGAUAGCUCACGUGAUGACCUACCAACCACUGGACUAUGACCUGCCUAAUGGAGCUGGCUACAAGUACAGCAUUCUUCUAGUAGCAACUGAUGCUGGAACAUCGCCUAGAACAAACGCUCAGUAUCUGGAUCUAUGGGUUGACGACAUUAAUGACAACCCACCGGUGUUUGACCUCACGGAUCCCGGAUAUGCAUUAACACUAGUGGAUGAGACUCACGCCGUUUACGUGCCGUUUCGAAACUACACCGUUACAGAUGCGGACUCGGGUAGCAAUGCUGUUUCCAAGUAUAGCGUGAUAGCCGGUGCUCCGUCGGGAUUAUUUGAUGCGCAACCCUCUAACGUGGGCUUCCAUUUGGCUCUUCUACAGCCGCUCAAUCACGAAUCAAGAAGGCACUACUUGCUUACUAUUCAGGCCGACAACUUACAAUUCACUGCUACUGCACAAGUCAAUAUCACCGUUUUGGACAUUCCGUUCAAAGUCGAAAUUCGGAUACCGUGCGAGGUGGUGCUUAACACGGAGUAUGGCUGGUUUUUACCGUCCCCGACACUUUCUCUAACGUUCGAAUCAAAUCAAGAAGAUGGUGUUACUACUGUGCCUCAAUUUGAAUGCCGCUUCAUUGACCGUUCAGGCACAACACCGACUGCGACUCCUCCCAGCGGUGCCAUGGGGUCGAGUGCGCCAUCUUGCGGGCGAGGGUAUUUUCCGACGCCUCAGUACGACCAACCCCCGCCGUUGUCUCUAGACAGCUUGAGCUCGUAUCCGUUCCAAAAUUGUAGCCCACCGAAUGUCAUCACUAACACUCAGUCCAGAAACUUCAGUGAUGGCGUUUAUGAGUUUCAAGUACGCACGCAAUUGUUGAAUAUCGCUAAAGGCGUCACUGAUUACUGGGGCAACGCCAUCACGGUCACAAUCGAUACCGUUGCACCCAACACCAUCAUCGACACAAGUUUACUUCCUACCGCGAUGGUGUUGCUGCGCUCUCGGUACGUUACCAACAACCGGAACCCGGCGUUUGUCUACUACUCGAACGAACCAAAAUCCGUGUUUUUGUGCCGUCUUUCGUACUGCUCUUACGACAAUUACGGAGGAAGAAGCUGCGACGGUGGGUGGCAAACAUGGAGCGACGAUUCCGUCGACUGUAACAACGUGCACAACAGCCGUCCAAGGAUUACAGUGAAACCUACCGACCUAGUAGGAAAAGAGCUCGACUUGGACGGCUGGUAUCUAUUGGAGGUCACAGCCAUCGAUCCCGCCCGUAACCCGGAUGCCAGUCCGGCAACGUUCACAUGGGAGAUGGAUACCGCUCAGCCAAUCGUCGGUUUUCAAUCAUACCCAGCUAGAACAGUGACGAAUACGGACGCUGAUGUAUUGCUACUGAAGAACGAUCUAUAUGCAUCGUAUAGGUGCCGCGUCAAUGGCACUUCUAGAUCUAGUAGCUGCAGCUCCGGUACUUUGAGUAUCUCGGGAAUGCCGUUUGGUGCCGCUGAAGUCACAAUUUGGGCUGAAGAUGAACCGGGGAAUGUGGCCGACCAGAUUCAGUACACGUUUCACGUUGAAACGUCGCCUCCGCCGCUGUCGCUGGCGCAACCCGACCAGUACGCGUUUACGAACACGUCAGACGCCAUUGUCUACUUGCAGACGGAAGGAGUCUACCAACAUAUCGCUUGUCGCAAUCGACCUCGAAACGACUCGCUGCUGCAGACGUGUUGUAGGGUGGCUUUCGCACAAGAUGAGGUGUCUAAGGAUUGUUUGUCGAAUUGCUUGGCGGGGGUAGAAUGGCCAAGCAACGACGUUUGUCGCCCUUUUGAGUACAAUUACACCACGUGUUUGCAAACGCGACUGGCAAAUCUUCCUGACCUAACUCCUUCGCCGUCGUUCAUCUUUCUCCCGAAUUUGUGUGAUGAUGGAACAUUCGACAUGGGAAGAACAAUAAGAGCACUGGGUGUCUACACUUUUGAGGUUUACGCUCAAGACCAAGCCGGUAAUCCUCCCGUGAGGUUCCAGAAGAACUACGUUUAUGAUCCUCGUUUCGUGUCGGUUGAGCAGGCCAUUCGGUCUCCUAUUCAGAGCAAGGAAUGCCCGUCCCUCCCUGUUGACUUGAUAUAUCUCAUCCUAGUUGCCGUGUCGUGGGCAUUGGUACUCAUUACCGUCAUCAUUUUCAUCAUUGCAUGCAAGAGGCAGCGCUCCGGACCGAAGACACCAAAAGGCAGGAGACCGGGAGCUGGAGGUGCAGUCACUCGAAUGACACGAUUGUCGGCAAAUCGCGUUGAAGCGCCGAUUGAUAUCAGUCAGUUUGAUACGCAAGCGUACGACGACGUCGCCCCCGACCCCGUGACUAGUGAAAAGGCUCUGAUUGGCGCACACAUGGAAACAGAAAUGCCUACCGGAGACGAAUAAAGGCGGCAUUAUUACAGGAGUUACGCGUUACAUGACCUCGUUCUCUGUCAGUGUUGUGUUUGUGUUUCUGUACUCAGGCAUAUUUGUGCGAGUUUUUGCAUGUAAUAUUUACCGGCUUUUUGACCUAGGACUUUCUACCUUUGUAGCACUUAAUUUGUACUAUGGCGAGGGAGCGACCAUUGGUAUCUGACACUAGUACUGGCGCCAACGUAACUCUGCGUAGUUUUGUGUUUGUCUAGCCAUUCCAACAUGAAGAAGCACUAGACUAAAAAAGAGAUAAAGGAUGCCUAGAUGG